GAGACAUCAGACUGAUGAAUCAAAGGACCAUUUGAGUCAACUGGCAAAAUAGAAGAGGUGACAUUGUCAACAGAGAAUCAAACACAUAGGGUUUCCAGUGAGUGAAACAGCACGUGUUAGCCAUGACCGGCGCAUUCUGUCUUCCAAACCAGUCUACAAGAGACGAGGACACCGCUAACAUCCCAAUAGAACACUUGGACUACGGCUACAUACAAGAAUGCAAAGAUGUGAAGUACCUUGAGAAGAUCUUGAAAAUACUCAGGUCUGGCAAAGUGGGCUUGUACCCUCAUUUGAUUGAGUUCUGUGAGAAACAUGUUGAACAACUCGACCCACGAUGCCGUGCGCUCAGGAAAGACAACCCUGUGGCUACACCGGCCAGUCUGUCCACAGAGGAGUGGGGACAGAUUGUUGAUGACAUGAAGAAAUGGCAAGAAGAGUCCAGAAUGGUUGAGACCUCACUGAACCAUCGAGCGGUUGAGGACCUGGAGAGAGACACUCUUCCGCCUGUGAGGGGGGCCAACUGCUCUGUCCCAGUUUGUAAGAAUUCCGCAGCAAAACAAAAGAGGAACACCACCAAACCACGUGAUUAUAGGGAAUGGGACAAGUUUGACGUGGAGAAAGAGUGUCAGAAGAUUGAUGGGGACCCUGUGGCAACGGAAACCCCUGCCAUAAAGAAUGCUGGCCAUAACAAAAUCAAGACUUCAGUGGAGACUUCAAGGCGGACCACACAGGAGAAGCUCAUUCUGGCCAAUCAUGAAAAAGACAAAGGCAACGAAGCAUUCAGAGCUCACGACUAUGAGGAAGCAGUGGCAUAUUAUUCAAGGAGUAUUUCAAUCAUCCCAACUGUGGUGGCUUACAACAACAGAGCCCAAGCAAGUAUCAAACUCAAACAGUGGCACAGAGCCAUGAUGGAUUGCCAGAAAGUCCUUGAAAUGGACCCUAGAAAUGCAAAAGGUUUGCUACGCCGUGCCACCGUCUACAAGCACAAGGGUGACUUGAAGCGAGCAGCUGAAGAUCUGAGGCAGGUGCUUGAAGAGGAGCCGCAGAACACAGCUGCAGCUCAACUCUUGUCUGAAAUGGAAAAGAAAUUGGAGGAACCUGAACAGAAAAACAAAGGGAAAAGAAUCCUGAUUGAAGAGGUAGAAGAUGACAAGAGUGGCGACGAGGCUGGAGCCGCCCGUCCGGUCGAGCCCAGCCAGCCUGUGGGAGGGGAGGAGAGCUCAGCUGCUCCCGCUGAAAGAGGAGACAUGGGUAACGCACAAAAGAAGCCCCACGGCAGAGGAGACGGGGGACCACACAGCGAGUCCAGCAACUCCCACUCUGGACAUUGGAGAGGCAAGGGGGCCACUGCAGACAAGUACAAGGUCCCUCAAGAGUCAAAGGAGAAGGUCGCCAAUGGGACAGGCAAGAGGGGCUCGUCCGCUUCAGUCCAGGCGGAUCAGGACAGCGGCACUAAGGGAACCCCUGAUGUCACAAGAGAAGCUGUCAAUCUGGACGCCCCGUGUGGAGCUUUGCCGCCAGCUUUGUCCCGCUUGAAGAAUGAAGGGAACCUGCUGUUUAAGAAUGGACAGUUCGGCGAUGCCCUGGAGAAAUACUCACAAGCCAUUCAAGGAUAUUCAGACUCUGGCAUCAACAGCCCGGAUGAUCUGUGUAUACUGUACUCCAACAGAGCAGCCUGCUACCUGAAAGAUGGCAACAGUCAGGAAUGUAUACAAGACUGUACGAGAUCUCUGGAGCUUCAGCCGUUCUCCCUAAAGCCGCUGCUGCGUCGGGCCAUGGCUUACGAGUCCCUGGAGCGUUACCGUAAGGCCUACGUGGAUUACAAGACCGUCCUGCAGAUAGACGUCAGCGUGCAGGCUGCACACGACAGUGUCAACAGGAUCACCAAGAUGCUGAUAGAUCAGGAUGGUCCCGACUGGAGGGAGAAGCUCCCAGAGAUACCGCUGGUCCCUCUGUCAGCCCAGCAGCACCCCAGAGAGGAGCCCCCCAGUGCUGAGGUCCUCCAGGCCAGAGCUGAGAAGGCAGCCCGGGAUGCAGAACGAAGAGCAGAAUCCCGCUUCGCAUCUUUGAAGCAGGAUGGGAACGAGUUUGUGAAGAAGGGCCACUUCCAGGACGCUCUGGGGAAAUACACGGAGUGCCUUAAACUCAAGCCAGAGGAGUGUGCAAUCUACACCAACAGAGCUCUGUGUUACCUGAAGCAGGAGAGGUUUGCUGAGGCCAAGGCCGAUUGUGACGCAGCACUGAAGCUGGAGCCCACCAACAAGAAAGCCUUCUACAGACGGGCCUUGGCCAACAAAGGCCUGCAGGACUACCAGGCCUGCAGCUCUGACCUGCAGGAGGUGCUGCGGCAGGAUCCCGGCGUGCAGGAGGCUCAGAGAGAGCUGGAGGAGGUGACGGCUCUGCUCCAACAGGCCACACGCUCACCAGGCAAAACCAUGAGGGUCGUUCCUGUGACAGAGGUGGACAGCUCCAGACAAACAGCUUCGCCCUCAGAGAGCAGGAGCACAGAAGAAGCCUCCAUCAACCUUCGUCCUAGCAACGCCUACGAGUUCGGUCACGCUUUAAACGCGGCUCGCAGCAGCAACAACAUGGCCGCCUGCGCCCAGAUCCUGUCCCACACGCCUCCCGAGAAGCUUCCGCAGCUGCUGAGCACCCACCUGGACGGCCCCGUCCUCCUCUUCCUCAUGCAGGCGAUGGACUCCCACUUGGUGGACCAAAACCCUGGUCUGGUUUACAGACACCUCUGCCAUCUCCACACCGCCGGCAGGUUCUCGGUGGUUCUGAUGCUGCUGGAGAAGGACAAGCGCGGUCAGAUGGCUGGGCUGUUUGAACGCCUGUCAGCGGUGGAAAGCUCCGACUUCACCAGGAGUGACGUCCAGAACUUGGCCAACAAAUACAUCUAAAAGAGCCCUGGGCCUGCUGCAUGAGCCCCUCCCCCACCUCGGAUCUAUGCAAAGCACUGUCCAGCACCGCCAGGAAGCUGCAGACCAACAUGAACCGCCUCAGAUGUUAACAUAUAUUUUUGGCUCCGCAGAUUUACUUUUUUACCUGACGGAGAGGAAGCCUGCACACACUACUUGAUGGGCCUUGAACACUCUGCUCAGUUCUUCUCAUGUGGUACCUGAGUGCAGUUUGGUGCAGAGAUUCUCUGCUGCUGAUGUCGCUGAUGCCCCUUUUCCAUCGCAGAACUGUAACUGGAUAUUUUUCAGUGAUGCACUGAUGACGCUUCACCAAAGCAGUGUCCUCAUCAGAGCCCACUAGAUGGCACUCUCCACUCCACGAGACUUUGAACAUGACAUCAGCAAGCGCCACCUACUGAGCUCCGCAAUGAAGGAGGCUCUUUCAUGAGGCUUCACUGGUCCAUCCCCAUUGAUAACCACCCCCUUAAAACACACUGGUGAGCUUCACUUCAACCAUGUGUUUCUCAGAGCAGGCUGCACAGUAGGAUUGUUAACGCUUGUGUAUCCACACGGUAAUGACAUGUCUAAUCAAGAACCAAGAAUAUUUUUGAAAUAAGUUAUUGUGAAACAAGGAUUGCCAAAAAGUAGACCUGAUAUUUUGGGUUCAAUUUUGUGUUGUUUUGUGCACCGGCCUGUACGAGUGGUGGUUUGUUAGGAAUCAACUUGUCAACGUGACUGAUCGCUGUUGAGUGAGACGAUUUAUAUUUGAAACACCUUUUUCUCCAUUCCAAAUAUUUGCUUCCAUCUUCAUUGACAUCAACUUUGUGUUUCUGAUUCAAGAUUUUUAUGAAUGUUCCAAUGAUCGCAGGGCAGGAGGCAAUGAUUCCCAACAUUCCACAGCUCACCUCUUCUGUUGUCUGCAGACGGCUGACCAGUUCUCAUGAGGUUCUGCCUGAAGUGAAAUGAAAUGAAAUGAAAGACGACAGAUGCUAUGAUGGAAUGAAACAAUAAAUAUAGAAGAUAUUUUGCAGCAACUUUGUG